AUGGGAAACCAGCCUUCGGCGUUUGCGAGAUACAAUGACCUCCCCGGACUCUCGGAUGAGCUCUCCAAGCAGCUGGAGUCUGUCUACCGAACCCGCAUCGGCGCGGCUGGCGGAGCCGUCACGACAGUCGGCCAUUUCGCCAGCUACCUCGAGCAAACGCUGCCUGCCCUCUGCUGCGAGCCCCUCCGCGAGGCGUUCGUCGAGUUUGUCGGGCAUCUGAGCUCAAUCGGCCACGCCCAGGGCGCAAAAACAGCCAGCGCCAGGGACCGCACCAUCUCGCUUGAGGUGCUCGCGGUCUCUCUGCGGGUGCUGGCGUUUGGCAGUCCGGACCAUCGGCAGCCCUUUGUCGAUGGAUACAUGCGUUGGCUCGGGCGCAAGCAGCUCCCCGAGUCUAUCGAGCCCCUCUGUCAGGGGCUCUCGGCUUCGUUGGUGCAUCUGGCUGACUCGGAGCAGUUUCGGACGAGGUUCCUCACCGACGGCUCGUGCCAGCGCUUUGGCGAGUUCCUUGCACACUCUGCCAGGAGGCCUGUCAACGAAUCGAAUCUGUUCGACGACUUCGAGGCCGCCUCCGACAGCGGCCACAAGCCCAGACCGCCUGUGCCUCCUUCCGAGCUGUGGCUGACGAUCGACUAUAGCAUAUGGGCCAAGAUGCUCUGGGAGAUUUCCCUCUCGCGAGUGUUCUUGGGCAGCGCCCUGCAUCCCAUCUACUCGCACUCCUCUGGGCUGUCAUCUGCAGCGACAACCACUCUCAAGACAUGUCUCCCCAAGCGGCUUCCAGCGCAAGCCUCGCGCCUGUUGACCGAAGACGUUAUGUUCGUGGUGAACAACCAGCUCACGCUCGAUGCGCGGUCGGAUGUCUGGAAGCUGGCCUUCUCGACGGCCAUCCAUGGCAACAGCUGGACGGUAUUCGAGGACUCGAUUCUGGACGCCGGAUCAACAGUGGUGCUCAUCCGAUCGAAAACAAAUGCGGUUUUCGGUGGAUAUGCCUCUCAAGAAUGGAAUCCCAAGCCCAAGUUCUACGGCGAUUCGUCCAGCUUCCUGUUCACGGUGUCGCCCAGCACGGCCAUCUACCCGGCAUCGGGUGUCAAUGGCAACUACCAGUACUUCAACUCGGGGACCAAGACGCUUCCCAACGGACUGGGAUUCGGCGGCCAGUUCGAUUACUUUGCGCUGUGGAUCGACUCCUCGUUUGGCAAAGGAUACUCCAAAGGAUAUUCAUCGACAUACGUCAACGCACCCUUGAAUGGCCCAGAUGACUUUGAGAUCGACUUUGUGGAGGUAUGGAUCGUGAAGGAGAAGGAGGUUGAUGACCGGCUGGUGCCCAAGAGGGGCAAGAAAUCGAUCCUGGAGACCAACCCCGAGGUUUCGGCUAUCCUGGAGAUGUCGGGUCGUCGCAUGUACUCGAAGGAGCUGUCGCCGGAUCAGGAUACUGCCGAAGCUGAGACGACACAAGAAUAA